AAAGUACCCAGAGGGGAACACACAUUUGCGCCCACUGUUGUUACAUCCAAAGAUGUCCCCCGAUGAGGCGGUGGUGUUCUCGGCAGCCCGAUGACGGAGCUCUGAUACCGCUGAGACGUUGAAUGAGCGCUCUGAGGGUUGUCAGUGCGACCGCAACGUGAUUUAACGACAGAGAUAAAUGGCGAGGACGGAGCGUGCAGCCUAACCGCCAGAGACUCGACACCAAGUCGCGUUAAGCCGAAGCGACCUGCUGCCUCAAAGCUAGCACCUCGUUAAGCUAGGUACGGGGUUAGCCGGGCCGCUAAUGUGAGCGGGCAACUGUAUCUUCAGUGCCACCAGUCAUCAGUAGGGGCAAUUUGUUGGGCGAUUGCAAUUGACAACUUGACCCGAGAGGCUUGUGUGCGUCCUGCGGUGUCGCAGCGCCAGUUGCCUGUGUCAAGAUGUCCACCACUUCGUUGGAUAAAGAACUCCAGGAGCGGCUGAGAGAGGCGUCUGCCAUCGGGGACAUCGACGAAGUGCGGACAUUGGUCGAGAGUGCAGUAAAUGUUAAUUCACAGAACGAAAUAAAUGGCUGGACAUGCCUGCACUGGGCAUGCAAGAGGAACCAUAAGCACAUAGUGUCCUACCUACUCAGCUAUGGAGCAGACAAGGAGAUCCUCACCGCUAAGGAUGAGUUGGCCUCGCAACUUACAUCCAAACCAGAGAUCAAACGACUUUUAGGAGUUGAAGUGGAGGAAGAGCCUGACGUCAAGGAGCCGGAGUUGCCAAUCAUCCCCAACUACCUGUCUAACCCGGCCUUCAUGUUUACCAAGACGGAUAGGUCAGAGAUCAUCCUGGCACAGAAUGGUUCUGGAGAUGACACUGAGGACACACACAGCGAUUCACCGUCCCUUUCCCCAAUUCACGAGUCUCAGAAAUCCCAGAGCCUGUUCUCUGACUGCCCCACCGCUCCCCCAAACCCCACCACCCACAGCCAAGCCCAUGGGGACUUCAUUCCCAUGGGUGAGCAAAACGGCGUGUCACCCAGUCCGGCCUCAUCCCACAACCACGCCCCCGUUAACUGCACAGUGCCCAUGGACCUGUCAGUUGAGCCGCACCUCGUCAACCAUGCCGACUACCCGCAUGCGGUGGCACACAAUGGCACCAUGCGCUCGCCUCCGUUGGCCUCGCCCAGCCCCAGCUUGGCCAGCAGCAGUGGGAGCCAGGUCCAGGCCCCGGUGGCCAGCGCUAGCCCGGCUAUGAGCAGGCAGCAGUCCAUCCCGCAGCAGAUGAGCUACGGCCAGGCUGGUGGGCCCAUGGCGGCCUUCCAGCCUUUCUUCUUCACCAGCACCUUCCCUGUCAACGUGCAAGAGUUGGUGCUGAAGGUGCGUAUCCAGAACCCCCACUGUCGGGAGAACGACUUCAUUGAAGUGGAGCUGGACCGCCAGGAGCUCACCUAUCGCUCCCUUCUCAGGGUCUGUUGCCGAGAGUUGGACAUCAGCACUGAGCACGUGGAGAAGAUCCGCAAGCUGCCAAACACCAUGUUGAGAAAGGACAAGGACGUAGCUCGGCUGCAGGACUUUCAGGAGCUGGAGGUGGUGUUGGAGAAAGCCGAGGGCUUGUCCCUCUUCUCUGGGGCCGGGGGCCUAACAGACCGACCCUGCUACAACAUGAAGGCCUCCCGCCUCACCUACUAGAGCUCCCGCAGAGCCCGAGGGCUCCCGCUUACGAUGGGCUUUUGUAGCUGCCCUUGAGCAACCGUAGCCAGUUGCCCACCCAGGUCCCUUGUAACAGCUUUGUCCAGCUUUGGUGUUUCGACCAAUUUCCUAACCGGGAUUAUUUUUCUCGAUUUCUGUAGCUAUUGUCCUCCUCUGGCAACCGCCCUGCCGCUUAAGUGUACCCAACCGGUUGUAAGCGAUUACUGAUGCAUGGUGCCCUCGGUUAUUCAUAACUCUUGCCAGUAAGUUCAUCAUCGGUCUACAGAGUAGGACACGUUGGACGUGCACACCGCAACUUGAAUUUCUGGGGGAAUUGGCGUAUCGUGUUACACGAUGGUCUAGCUGGCACACUUUCAUACAUGCUGUAGGCAUAAACCUUAGUGUCUUUCCUGCAGAGGGAAUCGCAUACUAAUUCGAAGGUGGAAAUAUUCUCUCACCAGGUGAGAUGAGGGUAUCUUUGGACUAAUAGUACUUGUAUACAUACAGUCUGCUUUAAUCGACAUCCACACAAGGAUGGACACACUUGAGUAGGCGUACUGCUCUCCCGACACGUUUAAGUCAUUCAGUCAUACACUCGGAACAAAAUAAUUAGUUUGGUUUGAAUUGUUCUCUUUUGUGUCUUUUCAUGUCGGACAAGAAUUUCUAUCUUCGAGAUAAAUGUGCAGCAACUAAUUUUUCUUUUGUACAGUGCAUUUGCACUUCUGUUUGCAGGUUCUGCUUUUAGGUUCAGUCAGCAGAAUACUCUGUCAACUGUGAAGUAUUUAUUUUUAACGUUUGAUUUAUAUUGGUUCCGACUCACGAAGCGAGACCGUGUGCUUUACGAGGCUCGAGGCCCGGGAAAAGUUUGAUGUGAGGCUCCCUAUUGGAUUUAUCGUACACAUUAAUUUCAGUUGCUUUCCUUCUGUUUAACUGUGAUUAGAAUCAAAACCAAAAACUAAUAUAGCCAGCAAAGAUACUAACUGCAGAAUAAACUAUCACUGCUUCAGAGGACAAUGCCACCUUGUUAGAUUUAUUUUUUCCCAAGUGAAGAGGAAAUAAAUAAGAUUUAGCAAAUGGCAUGAUGGUCUGCCUAUGUGACACUUUUUAUGACUGAGUGCUUCCUUGUUCUUCCAGCACUAAUUGAAAUUGUUGAUUAUUUGUAAUUAUUUUUGUUGCCGUUCGACACCUCAAUUUUAACUUAGGCUGUCUAUAUGGCGACUAGAUUUCUUGAAAAAUAUACAUUUGGUUAUCAAGGCCAAUCUAAUGCUAAUAUUGUUUUUUAUUUUUAGUUGCUUAAUCAGAAUUGUUACUGUUGAACUUAAAUAGAGACUGACAAUAGGACUACACUAAAAAAACCUUCUUGUGCUGUACAUUAAGAGUUUAACAGGUCAAGAGGCACGGUAAUAAGUUAUGCUGCUUUUCAUCAACACUUUAUAUUCCUUUUUAAAUUCUCAAUGCUGGGGCGCGUUCAUUUUAAACAGUGCAGUUGGCGGCCACGACACAUCUCCUACAAUCAAAAAGUUCCUUCCCCAGUGGAAACUGUUUACCGUUGAAAUGUAUACCUGAAGCUCUUACUGCAAUUGUAUGUUUUAUGAUCUCUUUUUUUUUGAACCAGUUAGGCCUGUUGUGUUUGUGUCAGAAAGGCUUAAUUUGGUGCAUAAGGAGUUUGGCUAUGCGGUCAAGAGUCCUGGGAUGCUGUUGAUGAAGCAAAGUGCAAUGUGUGUGUGUGUGUGUGUGUGUGGGGGGGGGGGGGGGGGGGGAGAUGGAGAGGUUUUUCCAGAAGGUUUGAGAAGAAAAGACUACCAAGAGUGCUUAUGUUCUGUUCACAACUUUGUUAAAUGCUUUAUUGAGUGAAGUUGGGCCACAUGUUUGGGACUAUGUAUGAACCCCCCCCCCCCCCCCCCCCCCGGGCCUUCUGGCGUCUGGGUGAGUGAGAGCAGCAUGUUUGAAAUGUUUUUUAUGGACUCUCCUUUUUGAUUCUGUGGAAAAGAGAUGACUAACAUUGUAUUUGUUGGGUUGCUUAUUGUUCUAGAAAAACGCGGAAUACAGUUUGACUUAACCUAUG